CGAGCCGAGCGUACCCUAUAAAUUCCCUCCGCCGCCUCCACCAGCGCCGCGCGCGCCCGAGUUCCUCCGCGACGCCUCCCUUGGACCCAACGCGUCCGGGUUGAUCACGCCCCUCCCCCAACCACCCACCCACGCCCAAACCCUCCCAAAACCCUAGCCUGCUCUGCUCCCAUGGCCGCGGCCGCCGUCGACGGGGCCGUCGUCCCGCCAAUGCCGCCGCAGCAGGACGAGAAGGCGGCUCAGCAGCCUCUCAUGGCCGUCGUCGCGGCGGUGCCGACCCAGCCGGAGGGAGAGCAGCCUCCCGUCGCCGUCGUCGCGCCGACGCCGCCGCAGCCCGAGGAAGAGGAGGGUGAGUUUCAGCCUCUCGUGGCCGCGGACGCCGUCGUCGCGCCGACGCCGCCGCCGCCGGAGGUGGAGGAGCAGCCGCCCAUGGCCGUCGACGCUGUCGUCGCGCCACCGCCGCCGCAGCCGCGGGCGGAUGAGGAGGAUGAGCAGCCUCCCGAGGCCACGGACGCCGUGAGCGAGGCCAUCUCCUUCGUCGCGCCAACCCCACCACCCAUGCCGCCGACGCCGCCGCCUGAGGAUGAGCAGCCGGCGCCCGCGGCGGCUCCGCCCCAGCCGCUCGAAUCGGCUCUGGGCACCGGUCCAGUGGAAGAGGGAUGCAAGGAGACACCGCAAGACGAAAAUCGCUCACAGGUUCAAGGUUCAGCAGAUGAGGGAGACAAAGACACACCGCAAGACGAAAAUCCCUUGCAUGUUCCAGCUGGUCCAGCAGAUGAGGGAGACAAGGGCGCAUCCUCGCAAGACAAAAAUCUCUUCAAGGUUCCAGGUCCAGCUGACGAGGGGGACAAUGGCGCAUCCUCGCAAGACAAAAAUCUCUUCAAGGUUCCAGGUCCAGCUGACGAGGGGGACAAUGUGACCUUGCAAGACGAAAAUCCUUGGGAUGAUAUUCAUGAUCAUCGCGACCGUUCACCCUGCAGAUACCCCAGGAAUAUGUAUGACGUAAUUAAUGGUGGCAGAUUUUGGGGUGGACCAAGAGACCCUAGAUAUUAUGGUGGCCAGCCUCAUGAUGUUGAAGAAUGCUAUGGUGUCAGGCGUGGUCGACAAAGACAUCACAGAGAUUGUGUUAACCCAUAUCAUGGUGGCAGAUGUCGUGGUGAUCAUAUAGAUUGUGUUCAUGCACUUCAUGGUGGCAGAAGUCGUGGUGAUCAUAGAGACAAUUUUGAUGCAUUUCAUGGUGGCAAGAGUGGUGAAGAAGAAGAAGAUCAGGGAGAUUAUGAUGACCCAUUUCAUUGUGGCAGAUAUUACAAUGGCCAUAGGGAUCACAGAGAUUAUGGUCAUGCAUUUCAUGGUCCCAGAUACCCUAUGAAUGGAUUGUAUCAUGAUAACCCACUAGGUUAUCCAUAUGGUCAUCAUGAUAGGUUCAGUUUUGGAGGUCCAAGAUUUCUUAGUCAUUACAAUCCGAUGGAUUCUCUGGAUGACAAGCGUGUCUAUGCUCGUACUCCAUGCUGUUUCCGUAAUCGAAUCCGUGAAAAGAAAGACUACCCUGUGGGUGCCUCGCUACUUAAUCCUGAGAAGUGGACAUGUUUCCUUAAUUGCAUUCUCCAGUGUGUGGUUCACACUGUUCCUCUGGUGUCAAAGCUUCUGAAAGAUCGUCACCUAGGUCUAUGUCCUAGUGGUUUGGACGAAUUCUGCUGUUACUGCUCCCUACGUCACCAUGCUUCUGAAGCCAUCAGGCUCUCCGGGAAUGUUCUCUACCCCAAGAAGUUUGUCAAACUCCUGAAGUUAAUAUGUCAAGAUUUCAGUUGGGGCAGACACCAAGAUGCACAUGAACUCCUCCGUUGCUUGCUUGAUAAAUUAGACGAUGCCUCUGUUGCUCCCAUGGGGGUCUCAUCUGAGGAGCCCUCUUCUAUUGUCAAACAAGUUUUUGGAGGCCAAGUGAAAAGCCAGCUGCAUUGUCCAGAGUGCAAUCAUUGCUCAGACAGAUUGGAGUCUUUUCUUGACCUUAGCUUGGAGAUUAACCAGAUGGACACUCUCCUGGAUUCACUAGAAUCUUUUACAAAAACUGAGGUGGUUGAAAGUUUCACUUGUGAUGGAUGCAAAACUCGUGUGAACAUGGAAAAACACUUGAAGGUGGAGCAGGCUCCAGAAGUUCUAGUGAUCCAGCUGAAACGGUUUGAAAAUUUAGGCAGUAAUAUAUCCAAGAUUCAAGAGAUGGUGAAAUAUGAGUUAGAGUUGGAUUUAAAACCCUUCAUGAGCUCUGCUGAUACUAACCCUCAAAAGUAUGAUCUGUAUGGAGUUGUAGAACACUUGGGUGAAUCAUCCAAGGGUCACUAUGUUUGUUACAUCCGUUCGUCAGAAACAGAUUGGUAUCACUUUAAUGAUGAGAAGGUCAUGAAAUUGAGUGAGGAUAAAGUUUUGGACAGUAAAGCAUAUCUUCUGUUCUAUGUCAAGCAAGGUUCAUCCCCGUGGUUCUCUACCUUACUCGAGGAAAAGAACACUUUGCUGUUGGGUUAUUUGCAAGAAUUGGCAGACAAAGGUUUGAACGAGGAUGGUGUUUCCAUUGACAGUGACAAGGGUAGUUACAGUAGAAGUGGCAGUGGAAGUGACAGUGAUGAACAAGAUCUAUCUGACGCGGAGAUGCUGUACCGCAGAAGCCUGGGUGGAGGCCUGUCUGGAGAAACAAAGAGACACACCUCCCCUCCCAGAUCAAGCCUGGAAAAUGGAAAUGUUCGUCGGAUGGCUUUGGUAUCGAAGAACAAUGAAAAUGUCAGCCUACAGGGAUCACGCGGCAAGGAAAUGAGCCAUAGCACACAUGAAUUACCGUCUCAUGUUAAUGGUGCAGGCUCCCGGAGAGGGUCAUCACGAGAAAAUGGGGAAAGCUGCAGCUUACUCCAAUCAUCAUCACAUAAACCUGAAGAGGACUGUUGUCCUGAAAACUUGACAUUGCAUAAAGAUGAUGAGAUGCGGGGCUCUUGUGUUUCACCUGCUGGAGAGGUGCGCGCACAUUAUGGGGUCGAGACCAGAGCAAGGAAGCGGAUGAGGCAACAGUCCGCAGCUGGGACGAUGGCGAAGCGGAGGAAGGGUGGUGGCUUAAAGAAAGCUCUACUGAAGAAGAGUGUGGGGGGUGGUGGCUUAAAGAAAGCUCUACUGAAGAAGAGUGUGGGGCGGGCAGCGAGAGGGAGAUGCAAGAAAAGACGACGCUAAGAUACAGUACUCUAUAUAGCUAAUUAGGCGUAAGCACAACGCAUUUUGCAGUGCAGAAAGUAGAGAAGUUACACUGCAUUUUUUGGACACUCUUAACAGAGAUGGCCGCUUGAGCCAGCCUUGUGGAAUUUUGCUUCCCUGUUGCAAGGUUUUGGUUUAUGUGAUGCUACAGGCAAUUUGACUGAACAGACUGGUGAUUCCAUCUUGCCAUACGGUUACAACACCAUGGACGUGUUUGUUUCAACAAACGUUAACGUAAACUGUAAUGGAAUCAGUUACAGUGGGAUUGCGGUGUAAUGGAAAAUUUUCCUAUUUUGUUUUGUUCGACUUGGUAAUGUAAACGAGAAGGACGUAGAAGCGCUACCUCACCCCCCUGCUUCUCACGCUGCUCCACUGGUGCUCUUCCUGGGACACAGCG